UUGUGACGUCAUCAGCCAGCUCCGGGGAGGUGUGUUCACGUCUGCCCGUCCGCUCUGCUGCUGCUCCCAGACCGAAAACAAACGGCCGCGGCGCCUCAGCCCUGCUAGCUUUGCUCUCAAACGCCACGCUGCAGACAACUCAGUCCGGUUGCGUUAUCGCCCGUUUGAAUGUGUGCAGAUAAAGCAGUGCACUUUUUGCACUGACUGGAGUCCUUAAUGCAACCCGCCCUUCUCACCAGGGACGACAAUGUCUGACGCUGCUAACGUUAUUCCUACAGACAACGGAGACUCGGGGCUGAACGGGUCCUGGGUGGAGUUGGAGAUGAACCGAGCUCAUCAAGCCCAGUCUUCCUCCACAGCGGCUCUGCUGCCCCUCCCUCAGGUGGAGGAAGAGGAAGCCAUCGUGGGGGGGCUGGAGCACGUGCCUUCGUCCUCCUCCAUCCACAACGGAGACAUGGAAAAGAUCCUGUUGGAUGCCCAGCACGAGUCCAGCCGCAGCAACUCCUCCUGCGACAGCCCCCCGCGGCCCCACUCUCCCCAGGAGGAGGGACAGAUCAUCUUCGACGUGGACAUGAGCGGCAGAAGAGACAGCCAAUCUGAAGAGGACGCCUUGGACAAAGAGAGGGACAUGGACAUCCUGAUGAAGGACGCAGAUUGGGUCGCUGACUGGUCCAGUCGGCCGGAAAACAUUCCCCCCAAGGAAUUUCAUUUCCGUCACCCUCGGCGCUCUGUAACGCUCAGCAUGAGGAAGACUGGGGCCAUGAAGAAAGGGGGCAUCUUCUCUGCCGAGUUUCUCAAAGUCUUCAUCCCCUCGCUGGUGCUGUCGCACAUCAUCGCUCUGGGUCUGGGGGUCUACAUUGGAAAGAGGUUGACCACGCCACCCACCAGCUCCUUCUGAAGCUGAAUCUGUAGAAAAGGGCUUGACAAGUGGCCGUGAGCUGUUGGAAUAAGUUUAGCAGCCGCAAGAAGAAUGCCCGCCUCUCCUCCCUCCACCCUGCCUACCCUCGCUCCCCCCCCCCCCACCCUGAGAUAUGACAUGUUUUCAGGGGGAACGCAUCUGCCUUUAUCCCACUUCCCGACUCCCCCUUUCUUCCUCUUGCUGUUUUUUCUCAAUCAGCUGUUCUGAUUGUCUGUAGAUAUCCCCGUCUCCACUCCAUACAUCCCUCACUCAUUUGUAUGAGCUUUUCAAGAAUGAGUCGGGCCAUAUCCCUUUUUCCCCGGCAAAAUGGGUUCAAACGUUAACGAUGGGUGGGUUUACAGGGAGGGCUGCGGGGUUAAACUAAACUGGUCUACCACACGAUUAGUUUUGGUCCCCUCUGAUCAUGUGACAUUACAAGAGGACUGACCACAGAUUGUGCCACCUGCACCGGUAGCCCAACACUCGACCUCGAAAGGGGUUCGACCAAAUUAAGUCGGCUACUCACAUCAAACAUGUGAUCAUGCCUUUUUUUGUUCUUUUUAUCUCUGAGUAGCCGUUUUUGUUUCCGUUUCUUUACGAGAUUUAGUUUUUUAAGAUUUAUUCUAAAUCCAGCGCUUGUUUUUACAGUGAAAGGAGUUACCGAAGCGGCCAACACAAACUUUAAGCGGUGUCUUCUUCCACCUGCCACGAGAGAUUCACGUGUCCAUUUCCUUUUCACCGUGUCUGCGAUUAGAAGUAGAAAAAAAAGCAACGUGUCCAAAUGGACGCCGAGUGCCGUGGGUUGGCAAGAACUGGAGAACGGGGCAUGCCGUAGAUGCUAGGAGUUCGCAGGUCUCCGUCAGAUGUCCAAACCACUUCCACCUCCACGCCGACCCUCAGGUCAGCCUCCAGGUCAGUCUGCAGCUUAACCUGUCGACUCCAGCUUACUUAGGAGGGGCUUACCAGGCACCACGUGGCCGCGUGUAUUUGCAAGGUACUGAGGCGUUCUUGUUUAAGAGUCUACGGUAUUUGAUAAAAACUGAAAGGCUAGAUUUACUUUUUUCUAUUUUAUUUUGUUGUUGUCUUUUUUAAGAUAUAAAACUGCCACUUUUUCGAAUAAAGCGUCCGAUGUAGCCCGGUCCUGCACUCCAACACAAUUGCCAAAAUGCCAAUACUGCAGACGGACACAUGCUUUUUCAAAGUCUGACUAUGGAUCGUCAGAGUGUGGGAGGGUCGCUUCCACACGACGCUGCUCAGGAGUCGCAGCUCCACAUCGACCGGAGGGUUUGCAGAAGCCUUGGCUACCCCAAACCAUGAUAUUACAAUUUAGCUUCCGUGAGGCAGAUUCGAUUCAUUUGUGCCCGAACGACACCCGGUACAGGUAAUUUCGCCGAAUUGUUUGGAGAACGGGCUUGUGUUUUUAGUCAUUGACGUGGAAACCGAGGCAUAGGCUUUCAGACAGGUGGACAUGCUUUUGACAAGAAACGUAAAGGUGGUCAUAAAUGCCCAUAGAGAUGGCUUUUAGAAAAUAAAGACCUAACACUAUUGCGUACCAGGAGGUCACCGUUUUUCCAGUGUUGGUGUCAAACAUCAUCUCAUUGUCAAAAUCGAACCACGUGAGAAGAAAAAUUCAUCGUUCCGACACGUUAAUCGUUGAGGUUUAGCCUAUUCAUGAGACCAUAAGCUGCCUGCACUUCUAAUAUUUGUCCAAAACGACUUCUUUACUAGCCAAACAGAUGUGUAUUUGUUGCAGCCCCUCAUGCUUCUGCCUGUUUGCACGUGCAGCUUUUGAAAGUGCUGUUAUAAAUCAUUCUUUCCCGUGUAGUUUGUUUUAUUUGAAGCUUUUCUUUUUUUUUUCUCUUGAUGUUGUAGAAAGAUUGUGAAAGAACAGAGUGGAAAUCAAGUUGGACACGAGUUGUUUUUUUUUCAGACGGACUUGAAAACAAAACCUCUAUUGUCGAUGGCGAAAAGAAAAUGAAGGCACAGAAAGAGAUCAGGGGUUAUUGUAAUGAUUAGUUUUGCUUUCAUUUUUUCUCCAACUACACCGAUAAAAUUGAUAAACAUUUCGUCAUUAAAAAUGACCUGAAUGAAGCUA